UUCUGCACCGUGUUGAUGGUUUGCAGGACCGAGCAGCCGUACAGCGGUAACAGGAAGACCAAGUUGCGAGGUAUGUCUGUCGAGCAGCUGGUCAAGUUCCUCAACGAGGAGCAGCGUGAUCCUCGCCUCAACGAGAUCCUCUACCCUUACGCAGACACUAACAAGGCUCUGGAAGUUAUCAGAGACUACGAACCCAUCAAGGAGAAUAUCGCAAAAAAUGUGUUGAGUUGUGAGGGGUUCCUCAAGUACCUGAUGUCUGAUGAGAACACUGUUAUGUCUAUGGAGAAACUGGACCAGUGUGAUGACAUGGACCAACCUCUUGCUCACUACUUCAUUAACUCUUCCCACAACACUUACCUCAUAG